AUGCAAAGAAAUAAAAAACAAAAUAAUCGUGGACCCUUAAGGGCAAUUUCUAUCGUUUUACCAAAUGUUAACAAUAUUACUUCGACUUUACCAAUAAAACGGACAAUUAUAACCAGUACAGAUUGUGAAAAUAAGCCAUGUUUGCCAGUGGAUCAUACAUUGUCUACACCAUUGUGUCGUGUAGUCACUUCAAGACUUAAUCAGAAAUCUGACAUACGUCAUCAUUUCCCUAUUCGCAACAGUAUCAACAGACUGUCAUACGUAGAAACUGAUAAUGUGAAAGCAUCUGAUAUUACUGUUGAUUCUCCGCUUACUACAUCGUGUAAUUUGAAUACGAGCUUAUCAUCUGUGGAUUCUAUUUUUUCGUUUGGUGGUGCAACACGCAAACGUCAAUCAAGCUCUGGUGAAAUCGAUACAAAAGCUAAGCAGUCACGUUAUACUGAAAGCCAAAAGUCCGUGAAGCUGAGAAAUGACAAGGAUACAAUUUGCUUGACAAUGGGUGCAGAGGUCAAAGCUCAUCCUAGGUACAAUCUGAGAAAGAAUGCACUUGAUGCGGACAUCAAUGAAGAUAAUAUACACAGUUCUAAGAAGCAUUUGGCUCCUAUUUGCCCUGUUCCCAUGCCAAGCGGCUUCCCCCUUCAGCUUCCUAUUCGUUACUCAUCUGUUUCACUUCCUUGGGAAAUGAAAUCUGACACAAGGUUCACUUCAUCAAGAACUGUGGAAACACAAACUUCACCUACUCGCAUUAAUCAGACUUCUGCUUGUGAAAAACCUAGAGGUAGACGGCAUACAGGAUUGGGUCUUCGUAAUUCUGCUACUGUCCAAGUACUUCAAAAUUUAAAACGAAAGUUUAGCCAUCUGAGGAGAGCAAUCAGCGCUGACAGAAUAAACAAAAGUUCUUCCACGCCAUCUGACACCAGAGAGUCCCAUACCUGUAAUUAUACAUCCCUUCCAAGGAAUCCAGACCAGUCAAGUGAUCUAAAUAUACAACAAAACCUUGAAGCUACACCCUACAAACUUACUUGUAAAGUUGUACGUAAAAAUCCUGAUGGCUCUAUUCAGAUCUCAUUGAGACGUUCAUCAAUAAAUGGGCAAUUCGGGUUUUUUAUUGCUCGUGACUCUAAAGGUAUAUAUGUGACUCGGUUGGGAAGUGUUCGAUGUGCGGCUAAACUUUGGGAUGUAUUUCAUGUUGGUGAUAGAAUUUUAGAAGUUCAAGGUUUGUCAUGCGAUAAUCUCGAUGUAGAAGAAAUUCGAAAUCUUAUACGUGGUUGUGAACUUGUUGAAUUUAAAAUUAAACCAUGCUCUCAUACAGAUUCAAAUUUUUCGCGCAAACAUUCAUUAUAA